AUGUUUGCUGUAAAAUAUUCUUCUGUUCAAAUUAUUUUUGAUUAUUUUCAUUUGUAAGAAUUAUUUCCAAAUGUUUUUGGGGCUAUUCAGAUCUACAAAAAUUUGAUAAUUCAUAUCCUCCUGCCUUUAAUUGAGAAAUCCAUGGUUGAUUUUCAAAGUCUGAAAUAUUUCUCAGGAAAAAUCAGAUAUUUCCAUAUGUGGUAUAUUUUUAAUGUAGAAUAGAUGCACAUACAGAAUUAAAUCUAUUUGUAGAUGAUCCUAAAAUUUAAUGUUAUUAUUUAAUAAAUGAUUUUGAUACCAAAUCAUUUAAAGAAAAAGAAAAAUAUAAUUCUUAUUUCUAAACUCAGGAGUAAAUUGAUAAUCCUGUUAGGUUUAUUGAGGAUGAGGUUAAUUAAAGAACUGAAAAUAUUCGAUAAUAAUUUAUAGAGUAAUAUAGUCAGAAACUAACAGAGAAUGUAAAUAAUAAUUUAAAUUUGAUUCUUUCAAAAUUUUCAAUCAUAAAAGAUAAAACUAUUGAAAAAUUCAAAAGCUAUCUAGUUCUUCAUCUAAUUAAAAAAUCUUUAAGAUGCUACCAAGAUUUCACAUCAAAUAGAAAUAAAAUAUUUGGUAGGAAGUUAAAGUAAUGAAGAUUUAGAUAAUAUAUAGGAUAAAUUUAAGGACAUUUUUUUUAAUUCAAAUGAUCAUUGUAAAAUAGAUGAAUAAUUGUUAAAAGCAAGCAAAUGAUCAUAGAAUAUACAUUUUGUCAAAUUUUGUUUCAGGAUUCAUCACUUGAAGUAAAAGAAUAAAAUAUUUAACUUGGACAUUUACAGGUUUCAAUUAAUUUUAUUGAAUAGUAAAUUUAAAAAAUAAGAUAUAUGUCGAACUAGGAGAUGAUAUAGAUGUAAAUAAAGUUGGUCAUAAUCAUUAAUGAAGAAAUGAGCAUUUAAUAAGAAGUAUGGCUGUAUUCUUGUAGAUCAGAAGCCUUUUUUGUAUUCAUGCGAAGAGAUUUAAAAUAAAUUCUAAGUUUAGGAUUUUAAUUCAGAUGAUAGAAUUUAAAUGAAAUAAAUUAGGAAUAUGUAUUAAGAUUGGGAUAUUCCUUAGCAAUAUGAUGAUAAAAAUGCUAAUACUAAGAAUAAUGUAAUAUGGAGUAGUAUUGAUCAAAUUAUUAAAAUAAUCGAUUUGGAAGGGAUGGAAGAAGAUUUACUUUUAAUGAAAAACAAGGUGAUUUUUUAGGAAAACUAUCAUUAUGUUGUUUUAUUAGAUUAUUCUGGAUCUAUGUCAGAAAAUAGAUUUAAUCGAGCAUAAAUAAAAUAAUUUCAUUUUUAUCAUCAGCAUAACAGAAUUAGAAUAUCGAGUUGCCAUCAUAAUCUUCAAAUAUAAAGCUAGAUGUGUGGUAGACUUUUAACAUAUAGACAUGCAAACUAUAAACAUUGUCGUAGUAUGUAAUGGAGAAAGUACUAGCUUUUAAAGUGCCUUCUAAGUAGCUUAUGA